GGGUCACGCCGCCUCCAGUUCGUCAUUGACUUGCGAUCCGUUUGUGGAUAAUAGGUUGUGUUACACCAUGCCUUUUGGAGGAGGAAGAUAUGGCGGCGGUGGUUAUGGAGGUGGUGGUGGUGGAUUUGGUGGCGGAGGAUAUGAUGAUCAGGAUGGUGGGUUCAAGAGAAGGCGACGAGACGAUGAAGUGUUGGACCCUGAAGCUGAACAGUUCAGAAAACUUUUCAUUGGUGGUUUAAGCUAUGAAACGACCGAAGAAGGACUGAAGGCUCACUUUGAGCAAUGGGGCGAAGUCGUGGACUGCGUGGUUAUGAAGGAUACAGAUUCCAGAAAGUCACGAGGUUUUGGAUUUGUUACCUACCAAUCCGCCUCCAUGAUUGAUGAGGCACAAGAUAAUAGGCCGCACAUAAUAGAUGGAAGAGAGGUGGAGUCAAAGAGGGCAAUGCCCAGAGAGGAUGCUAACAAAAAUGAGGCCCAGGCUACAGUGAAGAAAAUGUUUUUGGGAGGUCUGAAGGAUGACACAACAGAGGAGGACGUGCGGGAAGCUUGUGAAGCAAAUGGCAAAGUUGAACAGAUAGAGAUGAUCACGGACAAGAACACUGGGAAAAUGAGAGGAUUCUGCUUUGUGACAUUUGCAGACUAUGACUCUGUGGACAAAAUGUAUUUAAAGAAGCGCGUGGAAAUUAAUGGCAGGAGAGUGGAGGUGAAAAAAGCACUGUCGAAACAGGAAAUGAACACAGACGGUGGUGGCCGAGGGGGUCGACAAGGUGGAAUGGGAGGAGGUGGACGAUUUGGUGGACGGGGAGGAGGUAACUUUGGAGGAGGUGGAGGAAAUUACAACAGUGGAAACUUCGGAGGUGGCGGUAACUUUCGAGGAGGAAACUAUGGUGGUUACGGAAACCAAGGUGGGCCCUUCGGUGGUGGUGGAGGAUAUGGCAACCAAGGAGGUGGAAAUUGGGGAAACCAAGGUGGCGGUUACAAUGAUGGUUACGGUGGGGGCUAUGGAAACCAAGGUGGCGGAGGUGGGAACUGGGGUCAAGGUAACCAGAACUUUGGAUCCAAUUAUGGCGACAGCUAUGGAGGUGGAGCUAUGAAAGGUGGCCAAGGAGGAUACUCACAACGUGGAUCAGGUCCAUACGGUGGUGGCUAUGGAAACCAGGGUGGUUAUGGGAACCAAGGUGGUUAUGGAGGUGGAGGGGGUGGUUACAGACGCUGAACCCCAGUCAGAUCUUCACGGGCAGUUUAAAAGUUGAGGUUAUGGUAGAGAAGAUGCCAGGGCUAAAUAGGACAGGAAACUAGAUAAAAUCGUUUCCAUACCAACCAACCACCAGCCAUACUCCAAGGUUAGCCAGGACAGCAGCUUAACUUAGGUUAGCUAGGAACCUGGUUGGACCUAGCUGAAGCUAAGCCAGAACAGCGGAAGUGUGUAUAGUGACAGUGAGGCAAUACUCCAGCAUAGUGCCAGGGCUAGGCUUAGCACUAGUAUUAGUGCCAGGAAUCUAGCUGACCAUUGACAUUUUCCAAACAUCAACUUUUAAACAGUGAAGAUUUCAUACAUUGUCUGUGAACCUAGGAACACCGUCAUGGACAUUUGCCUUAAUGUGGCAUGGUUUUUAGUCCUAACUAAAGACUCAUUCUCAUACUGUAGUCUGGUGACUACAUUUGUGCUUUUAAUUACAUCCUCAUUGUCAUUUUGUCAAAUAAAUAGUUAUAUGUAAUAUGUACAUAUACUAUGGACUACUAGGAUCUACGGACUCGUUACGUUCUUUUCUGGCACUGGAUGAAUAUUCUGGGUGGGUCUCACAAGGAAUCGGAAGUUCUCCAGUUAGUGAGGAUAAGUGUGCAGCUAGGUUGAUGCCCAGGUUAACCAGUGCUUUUUUCCAAGGAUAAAAGGCUCCUACUUUAUGCAGUAACAGUCCAGAUCUUCACACAAUCAUUGUCAUUUUAUGUUUAAUAAAUAAUUUUAACAUAUAAAAUGGUGUCAGACUUGUAUUGCUAAAUUGUCUUUUAUAUGUAGUUCAGGGUGCUUAUUCCCUAUUUACAUGUGAUUUCAUAGUAAAGAAACCACAAAACGAUCAUAGGAAACCAAAAAAAAAAUUCCAGUUGCAGAAUCUAAUGUCUUAUAAAACUAUGGUAAUUGUGUCCCAGCAAAAAUGUUGCUGUUUUAAAAUGUAGUCCAGUAGCAGGUGUGAAGAUGGUAGGUAUAUAGGUGUGUCAGCAGCUAGUCUGUGAAAGGAGACUUUACACAGCAAUGUAGCCAGCAGAGCAGUGCAGGGUUAUCAACCUAGAAGUAAAACCGGUUAGAAGGAAAGGAGUUUGGAGCCUAGUGAACAGCACAUUUAGGCCAGAUCUUGAUGUAUUAAGUUAAGGGAAGGUAAGUCCUCUCUAUUAUGAAAGUUUCAUAAAGAUAAGUAGCCUUAAAGGUAAAGAAAAUUAUCAGUGAUAUGUGAUGAAUAUAUUUUGAACAGACGUUGAGUCUAUGGAUAAUAAGGGAUUAGGUUAGUGUAUUUUCAUGGUAACUUGAUGGCAAGGGGAUUAGGUUAGUGUAUUUUCAUGGUAACUUGAUGGUAAGAAGUGUCAACAAAUUUUUAUCUGGCUGAAUGCCGAAAGAAAUUGAGCAUUUUGAAGAAGCUGAAUUUUUUUUCAUUUACAGAUAUGGUUACAUCUCAAAACCAGACCUGUGCCUUCAACUCUAAAAUUGGGAGACUGGAGCACCUUGUUGCCUGGCUCUGUGACUGAGCUCUCCCGUUGCCCCAAUGCCAGGUUUUUCGGGUGUCCUUCCCAGAGCGCGAGAUGGCGGCUGUCCGUAGUCUCAAAGUGGUUGGCACAGUAACACUGCACACAGUUUUCAAGAUGUGGAUUAAACUGAUGUGAUCGUGAAAACCAUACCUCCCAUUUCUUGUGAGUGUUGGGAGCCUGCUGAAGGAGAUUUAUUACAGUGUGCUCUCCCUUUAUCGCAGAAGCUGGAGGCAGCCAGUAACCUGAAAAGGGGAAGGACUAUGGUGUAAAAUGGAUUCUGUGUUAACAAGUUUUGUGAGACACUCACACGCAGGAAUUGCUUUAAGCUACUGGUAAUAUCAGUGAACAGUACUCUGCAUUUAUCAAGAUACAUCUGAUGCACACGUUUUGCUGGUCUUUGCUGGUCACUUACUUCAACGCAUUCAUUACCACAAUAACUAGAACAACGCUAGGUGAAGUGAUAAUAAAACGAGUUU